AUGGAUAUUGGCAUCAUAGGCGGAGGUAUUGCCGGCCUCGCUACAGCCCUCUGCAUCGCCCGUCUCGACCCCUCCUCCUUAUCCUCCUCCUCUUCCUCUCCCUCCCAACCCAAGACCAAUAACACCCCCAACCAAAAAAUCACAAUCUAUGAAUCCGCCCCAGCUCUCUCCGAACUCGGCGCCGGCCUCCAAAUCUCCGCAAACGGCACUCGAAUCUUCCACGCUCUCGGUCUCGGAGAAGCUUUCAAAAAAGUCGCAGAUGAAGCCCGAGUAAUUCAACUCCGUCGCUACGCCGACGACUCCGUCCUAGGCGAAAUCGCACAGAAUCCCCAAAGUGAAUGGGAUUAUGGAUUCCCGCAUUGGCAAAUCUACCGACCAGAUUUCCAGCGUAUAUUAGCAGAAGCAUGCAAAGAAGAAACCUCCAAAAUCCGCUUACUCCUAGGCAAAAAAGCCAUUUCCAUCAACCACGAAACCGGAAACAUAACCUUCGCAUCCGGCGAAACUGUCACGCAUGACGUCGUAGUCAUCGCAGAUGGAAUCAACAGCCGUCUUCGAAAUUCCAUUCCGGAAAUCUCUGUGUCGGGAAUCUCUCCUCGUCCCUUUCGAGAAUUCUGUUUACGAGCCAUCAUUCCCAAAGACCGUAUCCUCGCCACCAACGACCCCUCUCUCACCGCUCUCAUCCAACCCAAUCAUCUCAAUCUCGCCUGGUGUGGCCCGCACAUGUGCAUGCUCGGCUAUCCCAUUUCCUCAGGAGACCUCUACAAUCUCAUCCUCAUCGUGCCUCGACCAGCCGACGAAACCCACAUAGGAAAAUGGCAUCAACCGGGAGACCUUUCCGAAGGCGAAGCUCUUUUGCAGAAUUUUUCUUCCACGCCACAGAAAUUGUGGAAAUUGGUGGAUUCGUGUCAUAAAUGGACCUUGGGAGAUUUACCUCCUUUACCCACGUUUGUCAGUCCCAAUGGGAAAAUCGUCGUCGUGGGAGAUGCUGCUCAUGCGAUUUUACCUUAUGCGGGAAAUGGAGGUGGACAAGCCCUGGAAGAUGCAGCGAGUUUAGCGAUUUUUCUCAAUUCCAUCCCCCACCCAAAUCCAGAAAACAAACAAGAAGAAAAAGAAAAAGGAGAAAAAAAUCUUCUCCCCCAAGCAAUUUCCGCCUGGAACACCCUGCGCCUCACACGUCUCUCAGGCGUACGAAAAUGGACCAUGGGAAAUCAAGGAUUUCUCACACUACCGGAUGGAUCGCUUCAAGAGAAACGAGAUGAAGAAUUGGCGAAAAUGACUGCGGGGUGGAAACAGCAGUUGGAGGAAUUGGGGGGAGAGGAGGGUUGGAGAAAGAGGGUGAAGCCGAAGGCGGAGUUGAAGGGGGAAGGGGAUAUUAGGAGUCCGGAGAUGAGGAUGUGGUUGUAUGGGUAUGAUGUUAUUGCGGAUGCGAGGAGGGUUGUGAGGGAGAUGGGGUUGUUGGGUGAGGGGAGGGGGGAGUGA